CUCCCUCACGGGCCUGGAGCCACACACACCAGCGACACACGGACGAACGAACGAACCAUGGGGGACGACACCGCCGGGGUGCUGGAUGACGACAGCAGCGGCGAGAGCGCAGGAGAACAGCAGUGGGAUGACUCCGACUCCAACAACGAAGAGGACACGUUUUUUCUGGAUCCUGAAGGCCGCGUGCCUUUCGCGGGGAACUUGUCGUUCGACUUCCGCAGCGCCCCCACAGCUUUGGCGGAGGCCCUGUCACCCCCCGAUGUCCUCGCACAAGUCGUAAAGGACUGCCAGACCGUAUUUUCUGCGAGGGCGAAGAAACUGGAGUACAGCACGGGGGAGACCUUCUGGAUAGCGGCCGAUGCAGCCCCGCGCAACAGUCUGGAGAGGCUGGCGCUGGACAUAUUCAAGGCUCACACUGCAGGAGCGAGAUUUAACCAAGAAACAUCGGGCGCCGAGUGGUGGACGCAGGUUAUCGAAGACACGGAUGACAUCGGGUGGCACUGGGACAAGGAUUACGGCAUGGAGGCUCGUGGGAUAAACGUGCACCCGUGUCUGGCAACGGUCACCUACCUUUCAACGAACGGAGGCCCGACAGUAGUCUUGGAGAAGAAGGGGCCAAUGGCUUGCGAAGAUGUGGACGAGGUCUCAGGGGAGGCCGCAAAGGCGUGGGUGAGUCGCCCGGCGCUGGGCAAGCACAUCUGCUUCGACGGCCGCUACCUGCACGCCGCUCCCGCAGACCUAGCGCUGCCACCUCCGACUCCCUGUCUCGACGAAACAGCGCCGCCGUCAGUCGAGGGCAGUACAAGUAGCAGCGGUGGUGGUGGUGGUGCGAGCGAGGGGGGGCUUCGGGGUGGUGAUGGGGGGGGGGGUUCCAAGAAGCGGGACAAGGACGGCAAGUCGAAGGUGGUUCUCCCUGGCAGCUCUAUCCACGGCAAGGGCGGCAGCAGCAACACCACCGCCAGGAGAAGGCGUGUCACUUUCCUGGUGAACGUGUGGCUCAACCAUACACCAAGGACCGCCGCGCCACUCCCGGCGCCGACAGCCGCAGAGCUCGGGCCCUCCAAGCUGGCGCUGAGGCUAUCGCCCGCCGACUUCGUCCCGCCGACUCCUCUCCUCGUAGAUGAAACGGCGGCACCGACCGGCUCUAACGAUGAUGGUGCCAUGCCUGGGCAGGGACGGAGAACGGUGGCGACGAAACAAAGGAGAUUCGGUCCGGCCAAUUCUGAACCUGAACGGCAGGAAGCUAGUGUUGCGACCGGGUCGGUGGCGGCAAGGGAGGGAGAGGAGACCGCGGCGUCGGCGGCGGCGGCUGUGGAUAUGAAGUGGGAGUUUGGAGAGGUCGGGAAUGAGGCAGAGAAGCACCUUCGCCAUGAAGUGCUCGUGCCGGUCCCCAUCGCCUUGCUACAACUUCCGUCCCCUGUCUGCUCGGAAGGUCCCGCCGCUGGUUGUGCUUCAAAGGAUGAAAGGACAGCCGGCAGUGGAGAUGACGAGAGGGUCGGCAGGAGCUUCUGCGUGGCGUACCGAGGAACCAGGCGGCCGCGGAUUUCUCGCGUGGAUCUUGGAGAAGAAGGGUCGGAGGAUUCGGGUAGUACUGGAGAGGAGAGCGAAGAGGAGGAGGAGGAGGAGGAGGAGGAGGAGGAAGAGGAGGAGGAGGAGGAGGAGAAGGUAUGAAAAUCAGGAUGGCGAUGGAGCAAAAGUAGAGGCGUGAUCGCUAUAUAGAGUACGGCACCUUAUGAACUUGUUGGUGGGAAACCGGUAGUAUUACUCGUUCCUUUGGCCACCGCCCCCUGUUGUGCAUUGGGCGAGUCGACCGUUUCGUCUCGUGCACGCUGCUAUUCGUUGCGGACACAACGCGUCGUGUGAUUGCGAGAUGAGAGUACCGUGUUGUUUUUUGGGGGUCCGCCCUCUCCUACACCAAGGUGUGGCGGCUAGUGGCCAUUGCCGGGCCCCAUGGGUAUUCUGCCGCCCGAUUUUCUGUGUAUGCAUAUGGAGGUUGAGACUCGCGCGGAAUCUUCGGGCGAAAGAUUGACCCUACACGUCUCGUAGGAAGCAAGUAGGGAAUUUUGCUGGCAGGGUGUCUUUAUUUCUUCAUAUUGGUUCCGUGUCCAUGUAAUUGCCGACGCUUGCAAGGUGUGCAACAUGCGCCAACAAAUGUCGCCACCCAUGAGAACCUCAUAUUUUACCCGAAGCUUGGUCGUUUAUCAUGUCGUGUGUGGGAGGGACUAGGGUAAAGUAGGGUUCAACUCGUGUUUUCGAAAGGGUGGAACUGUUCGUACGUUCCUGUACUAUGGAGACGUUGAGUGGUGGCCCGGUCGGUGGUACGGUAGUGUGGAUAGCUCGGGGUCCUUCGGUUCACACACAAUACACUUUUGUUUCGUUCACAGAUCUGCGUUUUUGCUGAUUUUCGGUUUGCUUGGUAGUAAAUUUAUCUCAUAUCCUUGUGAACCAACAGGAGUCUAGUCAAUGAUAGCCGAGGGUUUCCAAAAUGUGAAGAGAACACAACAACAGGAACGGGCGACCGCUUGGGUUUCAAUGUUUGUUCGCGUUCCAGACAAAUGUAUCGUGUCACAUGGUGUGGCUCGGAGGGCAUUGACGUUGUACUGGACGUACAUUCGUGCCCGGCUAAUCAUGGCCGGGUCGGUCAUGGCACAGCAAACAAGUGGGCACCUUGGGGUAUGUCUGCAGUCAAAGCGGCGGAUGGAAACGAUAUAUCUACUUACCCUGUAUGUAACGAGCUUGUGUGCAUAGGCCAUACUGUACUAGAGGUGUUGGGUUAUGCAAACAGUGUACCACAGUAUGAGUACGAGCAGUUCCGGUUUUUCUGCCCGCCUACCUCCCUCCGAGAGACGUGCUUUCCAAUUUGGCGUAAAACGUAGGUAGGGACAGUUGGCGCCGUAAAGAGACGCUUAUUUCAGGUCCAGCCUCGAAUUCUUAUUGUGGGCUUUAAACUCAGCGUAUGUCGUUCAGUUUCUUUUUUCAAGUUUCUUAUAUUUUCGUGCAGCCAAAUCCUGCUGAAUUUCUUAAAUCGGCAAUUUCUUAUUUCUCUGCUUGCAUACUACAC